AUGGACGCGGGAGCCCGCUGCACCUGGCUCCUGGCUGCGCUCUUUUUGCUGGGGCUGUGUGCCCUGGUGGGGGCCCAGAAACCUGAUCCCUGCCAGUGCUCGCGCUUGAGCCCCAAGAACAGGGUGAAUUGCGGCUUCCCGGGCAUCACCAGCGACCAGUGCUUCUCUGCCAGCUGCUGCUUCGACUCCAGCAUCCUCGGGGUACCCUGGUGUUUCAAGCCCCUCCCCAAGCAAGAGUCAGAGGAGUGUGUCAUGGAGGUCUCGGCCCGCAAGAACUGUGGCUACCCGGGCAUCAGCCCCCAGGAGUGCGCCUCUAGGAAGUGUUGCUUCUCCGACACCAUCCCCCAAGUGCCCUGGUGCUUCUUUCCGCUCUCCGUGCAAGGUAAUGUCCGGUUCCUGGACAAGGAUGAUUCUUGA